UUGCCAAGUGGGUUAACCACCCAGGGACUCCUAGGAAGUCCGUGAUUGUUUAUUUUAUGAAUAAUCUGAUCAUCUCUUUCCUUGAAUCCUUAUUUUGGUUCUGGCCUAGACCAAUCAACCUAAGUCAACCAAAGUCAGAUUUAUUGACUUGUUGCAGCUAGGGGGACUGCGCCCCAGAAGAACUCUGGGACAUCUUGCCAAACAAAGAAAAGAUAGAGUUGUUUGAGGAUUUGGGGAAGGCUGGAGUUUAGAUGAAAUGUGAUGGGCUCAAAGCAAAGAAGGCUGCGUGUGAAGGGCUCACCAUCAGGUCUGGACUCUGAAGUAGACAUGGGUCCUCGUUUCUUGGAAACUGCAAUGUUCAGAUCGAUGCGGAAUGUUGUGUACAAAAGCCCGUUAUCUGAAUCUGCACCUGGGUUGUAAGUGGAGGCUGCGUCUGUGUGUCAAAGUGCCUUAGAUCGUCCAAGUACAAGUGCGACGUUUCAUCCUUGCUGAUAUCAUUUCAAACAGCUACGUUUCUGACGGUGUACCAUUUUAGGGUAAGAGAACAGUAGGUCUUUGGGAGAAAUAUUGUUUCCUGUUAACUCUGCAGUUGGCUUUAUCUCCGUCUGUUAUCUGUGCCUAAUGAAUGGCAAGGCAGAUUUUUUUUAUAAUCCGAGAUAAUUUUUACUCUCUCAACUUUCACCUUACACAUUUUUUUUUUUUCUUUCCAAUCACCCCUUAACUCACCUCCACUUCGUUUGUUUUCCAUAUUUUAACAUUUUCGUCCACUUUUGGUUUGGUUUAGCUGUAAGUGGGUGAAGGGAAAAAAAAAAGAAAAGAAACUCAGACCUUGGGGGGAAAUGUUUUUUUAAAUGUCUAUGCACUGAGGGUUUUUUGUUUUUUUGUUUUCUUCUAAAGCAGUUAAAACAGAAGGCAGAGUACCAAAGACUGACUGGAUUCGAACUGCUGACUUAAUUUUUCUGUUCUCAUCUUACUCCUCCAUCUUGCAUUUGAACAGCUUGGUUCUAUCUGACUUGGAAAAAGAGGAAUCUUUUGUUUGUUGGUUGUGUUGUUGUUUUUUAAUUAACUGAGGAAUAGUGGGAAGAUUAAGAAAAAGCUAGGCUGAUUGGAUUUUAAAAGACAGUUAUUUUGACAUUGCAUUAUCAGGGAACUUUUCUAUAUAUGUAUAAUUUUGUCUGACAAAACCUUAACUCAUAUCAACUUGAAUUUUUUUUGUCUUUAAAAAUCCGUUAUGGAUGUUUUGUCUUCUCUUCAAAGGUGCUUGAAUUGGAAUCUUAAAUAUAAUCAACUUUAGCCAAAAAUAAGAGUAGAAAGGCGAAUAUUUAACUUAUAUGACACUAGGCUUAACAACGAAAAACGACUCUCUUGGUUCUUUUAUUUCUCGGAAACUCUGUAUUUGUUUUUGGAGGCUGGCCAAAGACAUGAUAAGAAAGGUGAAGAGAAUUGGGAACGUUGCUGAUAACUGGAUUACCAAAGAGGACGUAUUCUACACUUUCGGACAUGAGUGUAUAUGCCCGGUGAGCUGUACUUUUGAUCAUCUUCACUGAGGAAAGAACAGAGGUUAUCUAGCUCUGCUCCUGCCCUGGCUUGUGAAACCAGAGGAGGUGGUACCACCCACUGUUAUACUCAGGGAACACUGGAGGGGACCGGAUGUGGGGCUGAUACUGAACUUCUAGAAUGACAUGCUGAGUGUGAGACGCCUUGAUCUGAGGGCAGACGGAGCAGACAGGCAGCAGGACCUCCAGGGAGAGCAUCGGGCUGGAGACAGACCCUCAGGAACCAUGGUGGAUACGUCUGCAUACAACCUCCCAUCGCCAUCAGGAGAAGAGGCAGCCAUGGCCAGUGGCCCGUCUGACUCUGCCAACAACCUGCCCUUCUUUUUUGGCAACAUCACCCGAGAGGAGGCAGAAGACUACCUGGUGCAGGGGGGUAUGACCGAUGGGCUCUACCUGCUGCGCCAGAGCCGCAAUUACCUGGGAGGGUUUGCCUUGUCCGUGGCCUCCGGGAGGAAGGCGCACCAUUACACCAUCGAGCGUGAGCUGAACGGGACCUAUGCCAUCGCGGGUGGCAGGACCCACGCCAGCCCCGCCGACCUCUGCCUCUACCACUCCCAGGAGACUGAUGGCCUCGUCUGCCUCCUGAAGAAGGCCUUCAGCCGGCCCCCUGGGGUGGAGCCCAAGACUGGACCCUUUGAAGACUUGAAAGAAAACCUCAUCAGGGAGUACGUGAAACAGACGUGGAAUCUGCAGGGUCAAGCUUUGGAGCAAGCCAUCAUCAGCCAGAAGCCACAGCUAGAGAAGCUCAUUGCCACCACUGCCCAUGAAAAAAUGCCGUGGUUCCAUGGAAAAAUCUCCCGGGAUGAGUCUGAGCAGAUUGUCCUAAUAGGAUCAAAGACAAAUGGAAAAUUUUUGAUUCGAGCCCGAGACGACAACGGGUCCUACGCGCUCUGUCUCCUGCACGAGGGGAAGGUGCUGCACUAUCGCAUUGAUAAAGACAAAACCGGGAAGCUGUCCAUCCCCGACGGGAAGAAGUUCGACACGCUUUGGCAGACACCCUCAUCCCAAGGUAACCGGCCUGAAAGUUCCACGUUCAAUCCUUAUGAGCCAGACCGAGGACCUUGGCCCGCUGAACGAGGUCCCCAGAGAGAAGCCUUGCCCAUGGACACCGAAGUAUAUGAAAGUCCUUAUGCAGACCCUGAGGAGAUCAGGCCAAAAGAGGUCUAUCUGGACCGAAGUCUGCUGACCCUGGAAGACAAUGAGCUUGGCUCUGGGAACUUUGGUACUGUGAAAAAGGGUUACUACAAAAUGAAAAAAGUCGUGAAAACAGUGGCGGUGAAGAUACUGAAGAACGAAGCCAACGACCCCGCUCUCAAGGACGAGCUGUUAGCAGAAGCCAAUGUCAUGCAGCAGCUCGAUAACCCUUACAUUGUGCGCAUGAUCGGGAUCUGCGAGGCCGAGUCCUGGAUGCUGGUGAUGGAGAUGGCGGAGCUUGGGCCUCUCAAUAAGUACCUGCAGCAGAACAGGCAUGUGAAGGAUAAGAACAUAAUAGAGCUGGUUCAUCAGGUUUCUAUGGGAAUGAAAUAUUUGGAGGAGUGCAAUUUUGUGCACCGAGAUCUGGCUGCAAGAAACGUGUUGCUGGUUACUCAACAUUAUGCCAAAAUCAGUGAUUUUGGACUUUCCAAAGCUCUUCGUGCUGAUGAAAGCUACUACAAGGCGCAGACGCACGGGAAGUGGCCUGUGAAGUGGUAUGCUCCUGAGUGCAUCAACUACUACAAAUUCUCCAGCAAGAGUGACGUCUGGAGCUUCGGCGUGCUGAUGUGGGAAGCAUUUUCCUAUGGGCAGAAGCCGUAUCGAGGAAUGAAAGGAAGUGAAGUGUCUGCUAUGCUAGAGAAAGGAGAAAGGAUGGCAUCCCCUCCAGGCUGUCCAAGAGAGAUGUACGAGCUGAUGACCCUCUGCUGGACAUACGAGGUGGAGAACAGGCCGGGAUUUGCAGCAGUGGAGCUGCGGCUGCGGAAUUACUACUAUGAUGUGGUUAACUAAACCGCCCUUGUUCUCUGUGGCUGCCUUUGAUCCCACAAACAAGCACAGAAAAUGGAUUGAAAUGAGUUGCUUUUGAGUCCUUCCAUCGCCCUCUGCCUGUGGUGGGGGCAAGCCUCACAUGGAACAUGCCUGGACAGUUGUAACCCAAAGCCUGGCCCAGGGCACACCCUCCAGAAAGCAAACACAGCCACAGAACAUCUGUGUAAAGAAAGACGGGCAACAGGAUCAAAGGGGCUGCCUGAUCUGUUUGUUUUCUCCUACGUAUAGUUUUCAUGACAGGUUAUUUUUAGGAGCCAUUUCCAAAUUCCUUUUAUGUCUUUCCAGUCCUCGGAAUCCUGUGAUGCAUUUGAAUACUGAGCAGGCUCAGAGGCCGGCCUGACCAGGGAUGUUCUCACCACGUGGUAUGUAGCACCCGUGUACUCAGCAUUCUCAAAAUGUCCCAAGGAUGCAGCUAGAAUGUGACUCGUGAAAUGCAAGAGCGAGAGGGAAGAGAAGAAGAAAACUUGGCCUCCAUCAGAACGUGGUGUUGACGGCCCUCAGGACUGAUGCCUGGCUGCUGAAAGCCUUCCUGAGUAUAAAAAUGCUUUCAGGUUCUUUUUUUGAUUUUUUUAAAUUGAGCUCAACCAGUGCAUGAAGCUGGUUAAGCGGUGGGGGGGUAGUCUGGAACCUGCUUUUGCUCUGUAUUAUGAGACAGGAGACUUCUAUCUAUGUGAAAAAUGAGAACAAUUUGAAUGAAUUAGUCUUGGCAUACUUUCCACCAGAAAUCCUCUCUCCUGCAGACCAUCGUGAACAUACUUGUAUGUAACUAGCAAAUAAAGUUCUGUACUGGAGACUGUGUAAGGGAGGCGGGAUGUCCGCCAUCUUGGUCUGAGAGAGAAGGCCGGGUUUCUGGUUGUCUGUGAGUUUUUGGCAGAUUGCUUCAGGCAGGUGUCUACUGAAUGUGGUCCCAAUGUCCUCUCCUUUCAGAGACCACAGCUAGAACUCCCUCACCCCAUCUUUUUCUGUACCCUUAAUGGAGAACACAUGGUGGCUCAAGACAUCUAAAGUUGAGUUUCUAAAAGUGUUCAUUCUUAAUCAAGACAUAGACCCUGACUCUCACCACAAAUAGGCCUUAUUGAGUAUGUUAAGUAUGAUUUUGGGUUGAAGACAUAGACUCGAGAAUUCCUUUCGCUCCCAUAGUCUUAGCUAAUCCUCAUCUUAGUGUUUGAUCUUAUUCACAUCAUCAGCCAUCGAUAUUAGUGUUGCUUGUGGCCCUUGAAAAUUAAGAGAUACUUCACCCUCAUAGAUACACAUGAAGUUGGAACCAUCCCAUCUUCAGCUACACCUAAGACACUUUCCAGUGUACGCCCAGACUAUAGGCAGUAGAGUAAGCCCUCUUCCUAACAAAGGGGAUCAAAGUGUGGAGAAAGGCAUCAACCGGUACCUUGACUUAGCCGAAGAAGAUGUAAGUCACCUGGACGACUUGCCCUAAGAAAUUUUUAAAAGCCACCCAAGUUUUUUGAAAUUAUGCUACCUGGUGGUUUAAUCAUUUUGUUAAAGAGAGGACCCCUGUGUGUUGAAAGUGCUGAGCAGAUGCCAUACACAUUUAUAGUCCCUGAAAUAAAAAUAUAAAUGACAAAAAUCUAUGUCGAUCAGGCCAUAUUCAUAUAGAGAAUCGUAAAAGGAUGGAUUGGAUAGUCUGGGUUUGGGUGAAGUGGUGAUCCUCUCUGAGAAAGAGGCUAUGAUGCUGAAUUCUUGGGAUCUUCCUUCUUUUACCCCUAUAGUGUAUCUGUAAUAAAGGUCACACUCUUAUUGGAACACGUAGUAGGUAGAUAGUAAAUGUAUAGAGUUUAUACCUUCUUUGGGUGUGAUUUUCCAAACUAUCCUGGCAGGAGUCUGGGGAUGGAAAACAUCUAGAAUGUGAGUGGACAAGAGUGAGUGAGGGGCCUCUCUCCCCUCCAGAAGGCCAAGCAGAAGGCAAGACCCCUCUCUGUCUCAGACUCUUGGGCCUCUUCCCUGGGAAGAGCAGCUCCUGUGUGUAGGCUGCCUUCCAUGGCCAGUGUGUGGAAGUCUUGGCCAAAUGAAAAUGGUGUCCUGUGGUUAGAAAUAGUUCUCCUUCCCCUUGGAUAACAGAGGAGAGCAAACAGAGAAAGGCAAGUUAAUUGAAGAAGAAUUUAUAAUGUGAAAAGGUUGAGGAAAGGUUUCCAGGGCUUCUCCCAGGCCAUCUAGCUUGGGCUGCCCGCACCAUCCUUCUGGAUUGUUCUAACUGGGUCUCAGCAUGGGAUCUGGGCUCACUCUUUGUGCGUUUCACCUUCUGGUCCUUCUUUAGCAGAGAAUAAAGGAGGAGCACAGACAGAGGACCUAACCAACAUCACAUUGAUGGUGGGUACCACAUACCUUAUUCCCCAGUGGGACCAAAAGGUUCUACUGGAAACAAUCCAUUCAGUGGUUAAAGUCAUUACAGGCAUGUUUUCAAUUUGGGCGUGUCCUUCACCCACACUUUUUGUCACCUAGCCAUGCUUUUGUUUGUUGAGUGGUAACUUCAUAUUUACGUCAGACCUAAUGACUGCAGCUAUGCCUGGAUUGUCACCUACAAAGGUGACUGCUCAGUUUUUAGCCCUCUCAGCCUCCCAGAGAGUCCACUUGGCUUCAUAACAGUGUAUUGUAUUUCCUGUGCUUUUCAGAAGAGCUCCAUUUUGUCACUGGAUUUUUUAAAGCUAUGAUUUUUAAUAAAAUGUUAAAAUUAGCUUUGUGAUGAUUUUUAUGAAAGUUAUUGGGAUACUUGGAUCCACAGUCAGUGCCCAUGGAAGCAGCAGUCAAGAAAUCAAAUGCUGUAUUGCAUUGGGCAA